AUGCUGCAGGGCUCCCCCUGUCUCCAAGGCCCCAAUGCUGCAGGUUUCUCUGGCUCCAUGCAGCACUCCAUGCAGGGUUCCAACACUGCAAACUCAACUGACUCCAAGCCUCGGCUCCAAUACUGCAGGCUCCCCCGGCUUCAAGGCUCCACACUGCAGGUUUAGUGAUUAGGGGACAAUAUAAGACAAGUGGAUUACUGUUAAUGAUUAUUCUAGAUGAUCCCAUUUCCAUUUCCAACACAUUACACUAUCAGUGCAUUAUUCUAUGGUUUUCAGUGUUUGCUGGCAUAUACACUGAGUGUACAAAAAAUUAUGAACACCUGCUCUUUCCAUGACAUAGAGUGACCUGGUGAAUCCAGGUGAAAGCUAUGGUCCCUAUUGAUGUCACUUGUUAAAUCCACUUCAAUCAAUGUAGAUGACGGGGAGGAGACAGGUUAAAGAAGGAUUUUAAAGCCUUGAGACAAUUGAGACAUGGAUUGUGUAUGUGUGGCAUUCAGAGGGUGAAUGGGCAAGACAAAAGAUUGAAGUGCCUUUGAACGGGGUAUGGUAGUAGGUGCCAGGCGCACCGGUUGGUGUCAAGAACUGCUUGGUUUUUCACGCUCAACAGUUUCCCGUGUGUAUCAAGAAUGGUCCACCACCCAAAGGACAUCCAGCCAACUUGACACAACUGUGAAAAGCAUUGGAGUCAACAUGGGCCAGCAUCCCUGUGGAACGCUUUCGACACCUUGUGGAGUCACACUCAAUAUUAAGAAGGUGUUCUUAAUGUUUUGCACACUCAGUGUAUAUAGACGUUAAUCUACCACUCUGCUCGCAUUAUAUACAACAAUAAUGUGUAAAGAUUAUAGAUUUUCAGCUGUCCAUAUUCAUUGAUAUAACUGCUACCAAUAUAGAAGAUGCAAUGCACAGAAGGAGCUGCCUGAAACCAUGUGCGGCUUCCUAUCUGAUAUCAUGAGUGCUUUAGUACAUGGUCAACAUCAGCCUUAUCUCUAUUGGCAGGACUAGACACAGUAGCCUGGGCGCUCCGACUGUACACAGGGCUGAUCCCUUCAAACAUCUACUGUACUGUACACAGGACUGAUCCCUUCCAACAUCUACUGUACUGUACACCGGGCUGAUCCCUUCAAACAUCUACUGUACUGUACACAGGGCUGAUCCCUUCCAACAUCUACUGUACUGUACACCGGGCUGAUCCCUUCCAACAUCUACUGUACUGUACACCGGGCUGAUCCCUUCAAACAUCUACUGUACUGUACACAGGGCUGAUCCCUUCAAACAUCUACUGUACUGUACACAGGGCUGAUCCCUUCCAACAUCUACUGUACUGGGCUUAGUCAGAUAUCUACUGUACUGUACUGGGCUCAGUCGGAUAUCUACUGUACCAUAAACACUCCACAGUCCUCAAGGACAUUAACACUCCACAGUCCUCAAAGCCAUAACACUCCACAGUCCUCAUCAUUAACACUACACAGUCCUCAAUCUAUUAACACUACACAGUCCUCAAAGCCAUUAACACUCCACAGUCCUCAAAGCCAUUAACACUCCACAGUCCUCAAAACCAUUAACACUCCACAGUCCUCAAGGCCAUUAACACUCCACAGUCCUCAAGGCCAUUAACACCAUAUUUUUUCUAAUUUCAGGCCACAAUCGGAAUAGACUUCCUUUCAAAAACGAUGUACUUGGAAGACCGAACGGUAAGUAGCUCAAUCUAAAACACACAGAUACACAGAGAAUAUGUUAAUUUGUUCAUAAUCCACGGCGCUUUACUGCCAUUUCAAUGUCAACACCAGGUCCACACCUUGUCACUGUGAAAUAUCGUCCCCUCAGUGUUAGAUAUACAGGUGUGCCAAAUGGCACCCUAUUCCCCACGGGCCUCUGUUUAAAAGUAGUGCACUACAUAGGGAAUAGGGUGCCAUUUGGGAUGCAGCCCACGGUUUGUGGGUCUUGAACCCUUAAUAUAUACAGUGAUUGGUCCACACACACACACACACACACACACACACACGCGUCAGUUGAAGUAGGCCUGACAUUGAUGUCAUGUCCAUGGCAUAAGAAAUGUAAAUUUAUACAAUCUAACAUGUGUGCAUGUCUGUCUGUGCCAUGGUUAAGCACGUCUUUUACAUACCCUGACAUUGAGAAGGUGUCAAUGGGGAUCAAGGGGCGUGAGUUUAUGUUAAUAGUUUGUGUUGGAACUACUGUGUGUAUGUGUGUGUGUGUGUGUGUGUGUGUGUGUGUGUGUACAUUGGUUGCCUGUGUGUGUGUGUGUGUGUGUACAUUGGUUGCCUGUGUGUGUGUGUACACUAUAUGUGUAUCAGUGAUACACAAUAGACCAGUGUAAGGGAGCCAGCGGCCCCAGGCUCUCUCUGAUCCCAUGGUGUGUCUCUCUGAUCCCCAGGUGUCUCUCUCUGAUCCCCAGGUGUCUCUCUCUGAUCCCAUGGUGUCUCUCUCUGAUCCCCAGGUGUCUCUCUCUGAUCCCCAGGUGUCUCUCUCUGAUCCCCAGGUGUCUCUCUCUGAUCCGCAGGUGGCUCUCUCUGAUGCCAUGGUGUCUCUCUCUGAUCCCCAGGUGUCUCUCUCUGAUCCCCAGGUGUCUCUCUCUGAUCCCCAGGUGUCUCUCUCUGAUCCCCAGGUGUCUCUCUCUGAUCCCCAGGUGUCUCUCUCUGAUCCCCAGGUGUGUCUCUCUGAUCCCCAGGUGUGUCUCUCUGAUCCCCAGGUGUGUCUCUCUGAUCCCCAGGUGUCUCUCUCUGAUCCCCAGGUGUCUCUCUCUGAUCCCCAGGUGUCUCUCGCUGAUCCCCAGGUGUCUCUCUCUGAUCCCCAGGUGUGUCUCUCUGAUACCCAGGUGUGUCUCUCUGAUCCCCAGGUGUCUCUCGCUGAUCCCCAGGUGUCUCUCUGAUCCCCAGGUGUCUCUCUCUGAUCCCCAGGUGUCUCUCUCUGAUCCCCAGGUGUCUCUCGCUGAUCCCCAGGUGUGUCUCUCUGAUCCCCAGGUGUGUCUCUCUGAUCCCCAGGUGUGUCUCUCUGAUCCCCAGGUGUGUCUCUCUGAUCCCCAGGUGUGUCUCUCUGAUCCCCAGGUGUGUCUCUCUGAUCCCCAGGUGUGUCUCUCUGAUCCCCAGGUGUGUCUCUCUGAUCCCCAGGUGUGUCUCUCUGAUCCCCAGGUGUCUCUCUGAUCCCCAGGUGUCUCUCUCUGAUCCCAAGGUGUCUCUUUGAUGUACACGUGUCUCUCUCUGAUCCCCAGGUGUGUAUCUCUGAUCCCCAGGUGUGUAUCUCUGAUCCCCAGGUGUGUAUCUCUCUGAUCCCCAGGUGUAUCUCUGAUCCCCAGGUGUGUAUCUCUCUGAUCCCCAUGUGUCUCUCUGAUCCCCAGGUGUCUCUCUGAUCCCCAGGUGUCUCUCUCUGAUCCCCAGGUGUCUCUCUCUGAUCCCCAGGUGUCUCUCUCUGAUCCCCAGGUGUCUCUCUCUGAUCCCCAGGUGUCUCUCUCUGAUCCCCAGGUGUCUCUCUCUGAUCCACAGGCGUCUCUCUCUGAUCCCCAGGUGUCUCUCUGAUCCCCAGGUGUGUCUCUCUGAUCCCCAGGUGAGGUUGCAGCUGUGGGACACGGCAGGACAGGAGCGCUUCAGGAGCCUCAUACCCUCCUACAUACGAGACUCUACUGUGGCCGUGGUGGUGUAUGAUAUUACAAGUGAGUGGGGCUCACACACGUACACACACACACACACACACACACACACACACACACACACACACAUUGUAUGCUGUCAUGAUGACUGGAAUCAGGACACCAUGGACACACACUUUUAUUCCUCCAUAAUGGUUCUUUAAGUAAGCAGCAGCACUAUAAACAUUUAAAUCAGUCUAAACCAUGUACAUCAGUCUAUAACCAUGUACAUCAGUCUAUAACCAUGUACAUCAGUCUAUAACCAUGUACAUCAGUCUAUAACCAUGUACAUCAGUCUAUAACCAUGUACAUCAGUCUAUAACCAUGUACAUCAGUCUAUAACCAUGUACAUCAGUCUAUAACCAUGUACAUCAGUCUAUAACCAUGUACAUCAGUCUAUAACCAUGUACAUCAGUCUAUAACCAUGUACAUCAGUCUAUAACCAUGUACAUCAGUCUAUAACAAUGUAAAUCAGUCUAUAACAAUGUAAAUCAGUCUAUAACCAUGCAAAUGAGUCUAUAACCAUGUAAAUCAGUCUUUAACCAUGUAAAUCAGCCUUUAACCAUGUAAAUCAGUCUAUAACCAUGUAAAUCAUUAUAUAACCAUGUAAAUCAGUCUAUAACCAUGUACAUUACAUUUACAUUUACAUUUACGUCAUUUAGCAGACGCUCUUAUCCAGAGCGACUUACAAAUUGGUGCAUUCACCUUAUAGCCAGUGGGAUAACCACUUUACAAUGGUUUUUUUUUUUUUUUUUGGGGGGGGGGGGGGGCGUGGUGGGGUGGGGUGGGGUAAGUGGGGGGUAGAAGGAUUACUUUAUCCUAUCCCAGGUAUUCCUUAAAGAGGUGGGGUUUCAAAUGUCUCCGGAAGGUGGUGAGUGACUCCGCUGUCCUGGCGUCGUGAGGGAGCUUGUUCCACCAUUGGGGUGCCAGAGCAGCGAACAGUUUUGACUGGGCUGAGCGGGAACUGUGCUUCCGCAGAGGUAGGGGAGCCAGCAGGCCAGAGGUGGAUGAACGCAAUGCCCUCGUUUGGGUGUAGGGACUGAUCAGAGCCUGAAGGUACGGAGGUGCCGUUCCCCUCACAGCUCCGUAGGCAAGCACCAUGGUCUUGUAGCAGAUGCGAGCUUCAACUGGAAGCCAGUGGAGUGAGCGGAGGAGCGGGGUGACGUGAGAGAACUUGGGAAGGUUGAACACCAGACGGGCUGCAGCAUUCUGGAUGAGUUGUAGGGGUUUAAUGGCACAGGCAGGGAGCCCAGCCAACAGCGAGUUGCAGUAAUCCAGACGGGAGAUGACAAGUGCCUGGAUUAGGACCUGUGCCGCUUCCUGUGUAAGGCAGGGUCGUACUCUCCGAAUGUUGUAGAGCAUGAACCUACAGGAUCGGGUCACCGCCUUGAUGUUAGUGGAGAACGACAGGGUGUUGUCCAGGGUCACGCCAAGGCUCUUCGCACUCUGGGAGGAGGACACAACGGAGUUGUCAAUCGUGAUGGCGAGAUCAUGGAACGGGCAGUACUUCCCCGGGAGGAAGAGCAGCUCCGUCUUGCCAAGGUUCAGCUUGAGGUGGUGAUCCGUCAUCCAUACUGAUAUGUCUGCCAGACAUGCAGAGAUGUGAUUCGCCACCUGGUUAUCAGAAGGGGGAAAGGAGAAGAUUAGUUGUGUGUCGUCUGCGUAGCAAUGAUAGGAGAGGCCAUGUGAGGAUAUGACAGAGCCAAGUGACUUGGUGUAUAGCGAGAAUAGGAGAGGGCCUAGAACUGUGGUGAGAGCACGUGGUGUGGAGACAGCUUCUCGCCACGCCACUUGGUAGGAGCGACCGGUCAGGUAGGACGCAAUCCAAGAGUGAGCCGCGCCGGAGAUGCCCAGCUCGGAGAGGGUGGAGAGGAGGAUCUGAUGGUUCACAGUAUCAAAGGCAGCAGACAGGUCUAGAAGGACAAGAGCAGAGGAGAGAGUUAGCUUUAGCAGUGCGGAGAGCCUCCGUGACACAGAGAAGAGCAGUCUCAGUUGAAUGACCAGUCUUGAAACCUGACUGGUUUGGAUCAAGAAGGUCAUUCUGAGAGAGAUAGCAAGAGAGUUGGCUAAAGACGGCACGCUCAAUAGUUUUGGAGAGAAAAGAAAGAAGGGAUACUGGUCUGUAGUUGUUGACAUCAGAGGGAUCGAGUGUUGGUUUUUUGAGAAGGGGUGCAACUCUCGCUCUCUUGAAGACGGAAGGGACAUAGCCAGCGGUCAAGGAUGAGUUGAUCAGCGAGGUGAGGUAAGGGAGAAGGUCACCGGAGAUGGUCUGGAGAAGAGAGGAGGGGAUAGGGUCAAGCGGGCAGGUUGUUGGGCGGCCGGCCGUCACAAGUCAAUCAGUCUAUAACCAUGUAAAUCAGUCUAUAACCAUGUAAAUCAGUCUAUAACCAUGUAAAUCGGUCUAUAACCAUGUAAGUCGGUCUAUAACCAUGUAAAUCAGUUCAUAAUCAGUCUAUAACCAUAUAAAUUAGUCUAUAACCAUGUAAAUCAGUUCAUAAUCAGUCUAUAACCAUGUAAAUCAGUCUAUAACAUGUAAAUCAGUCUAUAAUCAGUCUAUAACCAUGUAAGUAAUCUACAACCAUGUAAAUCAGUCUAUAACAUGUAAAUCAGUCUAUAAUCAGUCUAUAACCAUGUAAGUAAUCUACAACCAUGUAAGUAAUCUAUAACCAUGUAAAUCAGUCUAUAACCACGUAAAAGUUUAUAAUCAGUCUAUAACCAUGUAAGUCAUCUAUAACCAUGUAAAUCAGUCUAUAACCAUUUAAGUCAUCUAUAACCAUGUAAGUCAUCUAUAACCAUGUAAAUCAGUCUAUAACCAUGUAAGUCAUCUAUAACCAUGUAAGUCAUCUAUAACCAUGUAAGUAAUCUAUAACCAUGUAAAUCAGUCUAUAACCACGUAAAAGUUUAUAAUCAGUCUAUAACCAUGUAAGUCAUCUAUAACCAUGUAAGUCAUCAAUAACCAUGUAAAUCAGUCUAUAACCAUGUAAGUCAUCAAUAACCAUGUAAAUCAGUCUAUAACCAUGUAAGUCAUCUAUAACCAUGUAAAUCAGUCUAUAACCAUGUAAGUCAUCUAUAACCAUGUAAGUCAGUCUAUAACCAUGUAAAUCAGUCUAUAACCAUGUAAAGCAGUGUAACCAUACAAGUCAGUCUAUAACCAUUUAAGUCAGUCUAUAACCAUUUAAGUCAGUCUAUAACCAUGUAAGUCAUCUAUAACCAUGUAAAUCAGUCUAUAACCAUGUAAGUCAUCUAUAACCAUGUAAGUCAGUCUAUAACCAUGUAAGUCAUCUAUAACCAUGUAAGUAAUCUAUAACCAUGUAAAUCAGUCUAUAACCACGUAAAAGUUUAUAAUCAGUCUAUAACCAUGUAAAUCAGUCUAUAACCAUGUAAGUCAUCUAUAACCAUGUAAGUAAUCUAUAACCAUGUAAAUCAGUCUAUAACCACGUAAAAGUUUAUAAUCAGUCUAUAACCAUGUAAGUCAUCUAUAACCAUGUAAGUCAGUCUAUAACCAUGUAAGUCAUCAAUAACCAUGUAAAUCAGUCUAUAACCAUGUAAGUCAUCUAUAACCAUGUAAAUCAGUCUAUAACCAUGUAAGUCAUCUAUAACCAUGUAAGUCAGUCUAUAACCAUGUAAAUCAGUCUAUAACCAUGUAAAGCAGUGUAACCAUACAAGUCAGUCUAUAACCAUUUAAGUCAGUCUAUAACCAUUUAAGUCAGUCUAUAACCAUGUAAGUCAUCUAUAACCAUGUAAGUAAUCUAUAACCAUGUAAAUCAGUCUAUAACCACGUAAAAGUUUAUAAUCAGUCUAUAACCAUGUAAGUCAUCUAUAACCAUGUAAAUCAGUCUAUAACCAUGUAAGUCAUCUAUAACCAUGUAAAUCAGUCUAUAACCAUGUAAGUCAUCUAUAACCAUGUAAGUCAGUCUAUAACCAUGUAAGUCAUCAAUAACCAUGUAAAUCAGUCUAUAACCAUGUAAGUCAUCUAUAACCAUGUAAAUCAGUCUAUAACCAUGUAACUCAGUCUAUAACCAUGGAAGUCAGUCUAUAACCAUGUACAUCAGUCUAUAACCAUGUAAAUCAGUCUAUAACCAUGUAAGUCGGUCUAUAACCAUGUAAGUCAGUCUAUAACCAUGUAAGUCCAUCUAUAACCAUGUAAAUCAGUCUAUAACCAUGUACAUCAGUCUAUAACCAUGUAAAUCAGUCUAUAACCAUGUAAGUCAGUCUAUAACCAUGUAAGUCAGUCUAUAACCAUGUAAGGCAGUCUAUAACCAUGUAAGGCAGUCUAUAACCAUGUAAGUCCAUCUAUAACCAUGUAAGUCAGUCUAUAGCUAUGUAAGUCAGUCUAUAGCUAUGUAAGUCAGUCUAUAGCUAUGUAAGUCAGUCUAUAACCAUGUAAGUCAGUCUAUAACCAUGUAAGUCAGUCUAUAACCAUGUAAGUCAGUCCUUGUAGAUCUGAUCAGGUUGUUUCUCUGUUCUCCACAAUAAACUGUGACAUUUGUAUUGUCUCAGAUCCCAUUGAGUCCAUCAGAGUCAGUGGUUUAAUAUGUUUGUGAUGGAGUGGAGCCGGUCAUGUUUAAGACCACACACACACACACACACACACACACACACACACACACACACACACACACACACACACAGUCUUUAAGACCCUAACCCUCAGGAGAUGAACACUUAAGCUAAUUGUAUAACUAACGUGGCUCCCUUCCCAGAAGGCUGUGUUUUCGUUUCACCUUGAAGCGAAGGAGCAGUGGGUGUUCCUUGUCAAUUCCCUGUGAUGUGGUACAGCCUUUGAUCACAGGAACACCCAGUCCUGCGUUCUGAAUGGAAGUGGGGUGUGUCAAGUCAAUAGGAAUGGAUUGAUAGGAAUAGUAUCAAAUACUAUCUGAAUAGUACGUGGAAUCUACCAAACCCACUUAGAAAUUGUCUAACAUUUGUUAUUUUCAUCUUAAAUCUGAGGUGAUAUGCAAAUUACAUUUGUGAAUAUUGAAUUUAUUCAGUGUGUCUGUAUACAUUGUAUGCGCAAAAGGCAAGUUUUUGGCAAAAGGCAAGUUUAAACAAUAUCUGAUAUUGAAUCCACUUGAAAUACCAUUUUGCUUCUGCUAUUCCUCAACAGAUGUGAACUCCUUCCAGCAAACUUCCAAAUGGAUCGAUGAUGUCAGAACAGAGAGAGGAAGUGAUGUCAUUAUCAUGCUCGUCGGCAACAAAACAGACUUGGGAGAUAAGAGGUAUGAAGUGUUACAUUCGGUCAUGAUUUCUGUAGCAGCCUCAGACGGAUGAUGAGGACUGUGGUAGGAGCCACAUGCAUGUCAUGCUGUGUUAAAAAGCAAGGGUCUUAUUUAUGGACCGGGGGAGUGACAAGGCUUUUAGUUGGUGUUUUUCAGGCUUCAGACACAUUUAAUUAAACAUGAAGACAUAGAGUGGUAUGCCUCAGUCUGUCUCUCUAUCUGUAUCCAACGAACCCAAUGACACCUCUGGCUGGUACAGGCCAUGCUAAACCACCACACACAAAGCCUAUUAAAUCCAAUAUAUAUUUAUAUUUUUAAGUGUUUAAAUAAUUUAGCAGACGCACUCAUCCAGAGCGACAUCAGUGAGUGCAUACAUUUUUUAUAUUUUUUCCCGUACUGGUCCCUUGUGGGAAUCGAACCCACAACCCUGGCGUUGCAAGCGCCACGCUCUACCAACUGAGCCACACGAGACCAAAUGGCACCCUAUUCCCUUGAAAGUGCACUACUUUUGACCAGGCGGCCCUAUGGGUAAAGUAAAGCACUAUAACGGGGAAUAGGGUGCCCAUUUGGGACGAAGACAAAGCCAACUUCAUAGUGAUGGUCAGCGUCUCUAGCCUGCAAAUAAUAGUGUUUACAGGGUCGUUAACAUGGCAGGCAUAGCUCUACUGCUGCUGCAGCUGAUACUCAGAGCCAGAGGAUAGAUCCCAAAUAGCACCCUAUUCCUUACAUAGUGCACUAAUUCUGACACAAACCUGGUCAAAAGUAGUGCACUAUAUAGGGAAUAUGGUGCCAUUUGGGACGCACCCCCAGUGUCUAAUUGAUCUAGGGAAGGCAGAUAAAAAGUGCUGUGCAAGGCGGUUUCCUGAGUCAGACUGACUGGAUCAGUCAAUUAACAUUCAAGGAAGGCGGCCAUAACGGCAGAUAAAAGCUGUUUCAGGCUGUAGGACAGGGAUUAGAUCAGGCUGUAGGACAGGGAUUAGAUCAGGCUGUAGGACAGGGAUUAGAUCAGGCUGUAGGACAGGGAUUAGAGCAGGCAGUAGCACAGGGAUUAGAGCAGGCAGUAGGACAGGGAUUAGAUUAGGCUGUAGGACAGGGAUUAGAGCAGGCUGUAUGACAGGGAUUAGAUCAGGCUGUAGGACAGGGAUUAGAGCAGGCAGUAGGACAGGGAUUAGAGCAGGCAGUAGGACAGGGAUUAGAUUAGGCUGUAGGACAGGGAUUAGAGCAGGCUGUAUGACAGGGAUUAGAUUAGGCUGUAUGACAGGGAUUAGAUCAGGCUGUAGGACAGGGAUUAGAUCAGGCUGUAGGACAGGGAUUAGAUCAGGCUGUAGGACAGGGAUUAGAUCAGGCUGUAGGACAGGGAUUAGAUCAGGUUGUAUGACAGGGAUUAUAUCAGGCUGUAUGACAGGGAUUAGAUCAGGCUGUAGGACAGGGAUUAGAUCAGGCUGUAGGAGAGGGAUUAGAUCAGGCUGUAUGACAGGGAUUAGAUCAGGCUGUAGGACAGGGAUUAGAUCAGGUUGUAUGACAGGGAUUAGAUCAGGCUGUAGGAUAGGGAUUAGAUCAGGCUGUAUGACAGGGAUUAGAGCAGGCUGUAGGACAGGGAUUAGAGCAGGCUGUAGGACAGGGAUUAGAGCAGGCUGUAUGACAGGGAUUAGAGCAGGCUGUAGAACGGGGAUUAGAGCAGGCUGUAGGACGGGGAUUAGAGCAGGCUGUAUGACAGGGAUUAGAGCAGGCUGUAGAACGGGGAUUAGAGCAGGCUGUAGGACAGGGAUUAGAGCAGGCUGUAGAACAGGGAUUAGAGCAGGCUGUAGGACAGGGAUUAGAGCAGGCUGUAGGACAGGGAUUAGAUCAGGCUGUAGGACGGGGAUUAGAUCAGGUGUAGGACAGGGAUUAGAUCAGGCUGUAGGACAGGGAUGAGAUCAGCUAGCUACCACAUGAGAUAUUAAUAAGAGCAAAAGGCUGUCUUGUAGACAUGUUGCAGUGUGUUAAGGCUGGGCUGUCUUGAAGACAUGUUGCAGUGUGUUAAGGCUGGUGUGUAGACAUGUUGCAGUGUGUUAAGGCUGGUGUGUAGCCAUGUUGCAGUGUGUUAAGGCUGGUGUGUAGACAUGUUGCAGUGUGUUAAGGCUGGUGUGUAGCCAUGUUGCAGUGUGUUAAGGCUGGUGUGUAGACAUGUUGCAGUGUGUUAAGGCUGGUGUGUAGACAUGUUGCAGUGUGUUAAGGCUGGUGUGUAGACAUGUUGCAGUGUGUUAAGGCUGGUGUGUAGCCAUGUUGCAGUGUGUUAAGGCUGGUGUGUAGACAUGUUGCAGUGUGUUAAGGCUGGUGUGUAGACAUGUUGCAGUGUGUUAAGGCUGGUGUGUAGACAUGUUGCAGUGUGUUAAGGCUGGGCUGUCUUGUAGACAUGUUGCAGUGUGUUAAGGCUGGUGUGUAGACAUGUUGCAGUGUGUUAAGGCUGGGCUGUCCUGUAGACAUGUUGCAGUGUGUUAAGGCUGGUGUGUAGACAUGUUGCAGUGUGUUAAGGCUGGUGUGUAGACAUGUUGCAGUGUGUUAAGGCUGGUGUGUAGACAUGUUGCAGUGUGUUAAGGCUGGUGUGUAGACAUGUUGCAGUGUGUUAAGGCUGGUGUGUAGACAUGUUGCAGUGUGUUAAGGCUGGUGUGUAGACAUGUUGGCAGUGUGUUAAGGCUGGUGUGUAGACAUGUUGCAGUGUGUUAAGGCUGGUGUGUAGCCAUGUUGCAGUGUGUUUAAGGCUGGUGUGUAGACAUGUUGCAGUGUGUUAAGGCUGGUGUGUAGACAUGUUGCAGUGUGUUAAGGCUGGUGUGUAGACAUGUUGCAGUGUGUUAAGGCUGGGCUGUCUUGUAGACAUGUUGCAGUGUGUUAAGGCUGGUGUGUAGACAUGUUGCAGUGUGUUAAGGCUGGGCUGUCCUGUAGACAUGUUGCAGUGUGUUAAGGCUGGGCUGUCCUGUAGACAUGUUGCAGUGUGUUAAGGCUGGUGUGUAGACAUGUUGCAGUGUGUUAAGGCUGGUGUGUAGACAUGUUGCAGUGUGUUAAGGCUGGUGUGUAGACAUGUUGCAGUGUGUUAAGGCUGGUGUGUAGACAUGUUGCAGUGUGUUAAGGCUGGUGUGUAGACAUGUUGCAGUGUGUUAAGGCUGGUGUGUAGACAUGUUGCAGUGUGUUAAGGCUGGUGUGUAGACAUGUUGCAGUGUGUUAAAGGAAAACUCCACCAAAAACUAUCCUUUGGUAUUUGUUUCACUACUCCAUUGUUGACAUAUUCCCAAAAUGUUUUGCUUGUCAGCAAUCAAGUUCUCAAGAUAUGUAACUUCCAAAAUACAGAAAUCAUCCCUGUAUGAUGCGUUUUGCAUCAUAUGAUAUAGGCCACAUAAGUUACAAUCAGUGUUUCAAUCAAUUGAGUUUACAGGGGACAUUCUCACCAUACCUUUUCACCAAUGUUCAACACUUGUCUUGUAUGCUUUGUAUUCUAGUGACUGCCCCCCCUACCCUUCCUCUCUACAUUAUCGGAGGUCUGUCAAUGUCUGUGAUUCAUCAUAUUUCAGUGGGAGCAUCUGAUGCUUGGAGAGAGUCCAUGGAAAUGAAACUUAAAGGGUUAUUUGCAUACACUCUGUUCAGGCACACAGUCUUAACUAGAUGGAGUUCGCAUACACAUAACAUGAUUCUGCCACAACAAUACUUGAAAGUACAAAAAAUACAACAACAUUGCAUUAACUCCACAUUACUGACCUUUAUGACAAAGUGAAAAGAAGACUGUAUUUUUUUUUUUAUCACUUCAAAUCAUCCAUUCUGUUUGCAACAAGGCCUUUAACUAAUACUGCAAGACAACACGGCAAAGAAAAUAACUUUCUUGACUAAAUUAAAAGCUAUAGGUUUCGGUCAAAUCCAAUGCAACACAACGCAGAGUGAAACCCUCUGGGGCGCCAUACUUGUGAACUUUUGCUUAGACCAUUGUUAAAAAAACAUUGGUCUAAAAUGGCUGGCUGCUAGCUUUUCUCAAAGGCCAACCUGGCCAAAUCAGCCACGAUGCUGAGGAUGGCCAGCUGAGCACAUCGUUAUAUCCCCGGUAACUUUUUCACUAAUGCAUCCUUAGCAGAAGUCCACCGGCACAUUCUGAUACUCAAAUUUAACUGCAUCACAUGAUGAGAACACGGUGAUAGGAUGCCUAGUUCCUCAGCCCGGUCUCAUAGACUACACGUACAUUUACACGUACAUUUACGUCAUUUAGCAGACGCUCUUAUCCAGAACGCCUUACAAAUUGGUGCAUUCAACUUAUGAUAGCCAGUGGGACAACCACUUUUUAUUUUUAAAAUAUUUUUUAUGUGGGGUGGGGGGUAGAAGGAUUACUUUUAUAAUAUUCCAGGUAUUCCUUAAAGAGGUAGGGUUUCAAGUGUCUCCGGAAGGUGGUCAGUGACUCCGCUGUCCUGGCGUCGUGGGGGGAGCUUGUUCCACCAUUGGGGUGCCAGAGCAGCGAAUAGCUUUGACUGGGCUGAGCGGGAACUGUGCUUCCGUAGAGGUAGGGGGGGGCUAGCAGGCCAGGUGGAUGAACGUAGUGCCCUCGGACUAAAAGAAAACCAGAGACACUCAAAUUAGUAUGAUAUGUUAAGUUUUGGUAUGGUUACAUAAGACAGAUGGUUACUUAAGGCAAAAACAAAAGUAGGGUGGGGUGGGCUUAUAAUGCAAACGUCUAGCAACCCAAAGGUUCCAAGUUCGAAUCUCAUCACGGACAACUUUAGCAUUUUAGCUAAUUAGCAACUUUUCAACUACUUACUACUUUUUUUUAGCUACUUUGCAACUACUUAGCAUGUUAGCUAACCCUUCCCCUAACCCAAAUCUUAACCCUUUAACAACUCCUAAACUUAACCCUAACCCCUAGCCCAGCUAACAUUAGCCAGCUAGCUAACGUAAGCCACCUAGCCACCUAGCUAGAAUUCAUUUGUUUGGCAAAAUUCGUAACAUAUAAUACGAAUUGUAAUCCAUAACAUAUCAUACGAAAUGGGUGAUGGACAUCCACAAAUUAAUGCAUACCAUAAUACAUACACUACAUGGCCAAAAGUAUGUGGACACCUCAUUCCAAAAUCAUGGGCAUUAUUAUGGAGUUGGUCCCCCCUUUGCUGCUAUAACAGCCUCCACUCUUCUGGGAAGGCUUUCCACUAGAUGUUGGAACAUUGCUGCGGGGACUUGCUUCCAGUCAGCCACAAGAGCAUUAGUGAGGUCGGGCACUGAUGUUGGGCGAUUAGGCAAAAACACACAAAAAAAAAAAUGUAUGCACGCAUGACUGUAAGUCGCUUUGGAUAAAAGCGUCUGCUAAAUGGCAUAUUAUUAUUAUAUUAUAGGCCUGGCUCGCAGUCGGCGUUCCAAUUCAUCCCAAAGUUGUUAGAUGGGAUUACGGUCAGGGCUCUGUGCAGGCCAGUCAAUUUCUUUCACACCGAUCUCGACAAACCAUUUCUGUACGGACCUUGCUUUGUGCACGGGGCAUUGUCAUGCCGAAACAAGAUAGGACCUUCCCCAAACUGUUGACAAAAAGUUGGAAGCACAGAAUCGUCUUGAAUGCCAUUAUAUGCUGUAGCGUUAAGAUUUCCCUUCACUGGAACUAAGGGGCCUAACUCUAACCAUGAAAAACAGCCCUAGACCAUUAUUCCUCCUCCACCAAACUUUACGGUUGGCACUAUGCAUUGGGGCAGGUAGCGUUCUCCUGGCAUCUGCCAAACCCAGAUUCGUCCGUCGGACUGCCAGAUGCUGAAGCGUGAUUCAUCACUCCAGAAAAUGCGUUUCCACUGCUCCAGAGUCCAAUGGUGGCAAGCUUUACACCACUCCAGCCGACGCUUGGCAUUGCGCAUGGUGAUCUUAGGCUUGUGUGCGGCUGCUCGGCCAUGGGAACCUAUUUCAUGAAGCUCCCGACGAACAGUUCUUGUGCUGACGUUACUUCCAGAGUCAGUUUGGAACUCAGUAGUGAGUGUUGCAACCGAGGACAAUCGGUUUUUACGUCCUACGCACUUCAGCACUCGGCGGUCCCGUUCUGUGAGCUUGUGUGGCCUACCACUUCGCGGCUGAGCCGUUGUUGCUCCUAGAUGUUUCCACUUCACAAUAGCACCACUUACAGUUGACUGGGGCAGCUCUAGCAUGGCAGAAAUUUUACGAACUAACUUGUUGGAAAGGUGGCAUCCUAUGAUGGUGCCAUAUUGAAAGUCAGUGAGCUCUUCAGUAAGGCCAUUCUACUGCCAAUGUUUGUCUAUGGAGAUUGCAUGGCUGUGUGCUCGAAUUUAUACACCUGUCAGCAAUGGGUGUGGCUGAAAUAGCCGAAUCCACUAAUUGGAAGGGGUGUCCACAUACUUUUGCAUCACAGGAGGCUGCUGAGGGGAGGACGGCUCAUAAUAAUGGCUGGAAUGGAGUGAAUGGAAUACCAUUACAUUUAUUCUGUUCCAGCCAUUUCUAUGAGCCCUUCCUCCCCAAUUAAGGUGGCACCGGACUCCUGUGUUUUGUAUAUUGUACCAUACGAAACGUAACAUCUCAUACUAAAUGGACUGUUUCGGAUUUACGUACAGGAUAAUACAAAAUGCUCUGAGACCAGGUUGAGUUCCUGACACUUUUCACCACUUGCCACAUAAGUUCGAAACCCCCGUGGGGCGUCAUAGUUUUUCCUUUGACAUGUGGACUUACAUUCAUUGUGGUAUUGUGUUAAGAAGGAAAGUGCAGUCAUCACCUUAAAAAUUAAGAUUAAGGGCUUGAUUCAUUCAGAUCCGCUUUAGCCAACAUCCGCACAGCGGUUGUUCUGACUGUGUCGGAGGUGGAACUGCCUUAGAGCUGUCCAAUCCACAAGUGGCUCCUGGCAUUAUACCUAAAGCGGACAUUGCCAUUGGCUGCACGGAGUCGCAUUAACAGAAAUCCCAUGCAGCCUUUUUUACAUGUUUGAACACUGGAAUGUGAUGUAAUCUACACCUCCAUAUUGAAACUUAAUUUACAUUAGGAUGAUAGAAAUCCUCUUCAUUUUCUUUAAUGAUUUUUCAAUUUGAGCGUCAUUAUUUCUAUACAUUAUUUCUAUACAUUAUUUCUAUACAUUAUUUCUAUACACUAUUUCUACAUAUCUACACUUUUUCAUUCUGAACUUCUAAUGCAAGUGGGGCGGGUGUGGCUUCGUGACAAUGAUCGCAAGAGCAGCUGCUCGCCGAUUUCAAGCCUCCAACGUAGUUACAUCUCCAUCGCAGUUACUCCUCCGACACGCCAAAACAUCCGCUAUGCGGGUGUCUGCUUUCGCCGGGUUAACGCCUAAUCUGAUUGAAUCUAGGCCUUAGAAUUAAUUUCGUAUUGCGUACGACUUUCUUCAGCCUUCUCCACAACCUGAUGGGAUAGACUUUAUCAGCAGAGACCUGCCUGUGCUGCCAGGACUGGUGUGGGUGUCUAGGAAGUAGCUUAUUGCAAUGUGAUGAUGCUAGUGUUUCUUCUUCUGCUGCUUCUGAUGCUAUUUCUUCUUCUUCUUCUUCUUCUUCUUCUUCUUCUUCUUCUUCUUCUGCUCCUCCUCCUCCUCCUCCUCCUCCUCCUCCUCCUCCUCAGUGGACCUGACGAGCUAGGGUAGGCCUACAGCGUAUUCACACCACUUGACUUUUUCCACAUUUUGUUACAUUACAGCCUUAUUCUGAAAUUCAUUAAAUUGUUUUUUUCCUCACAAUACCCCAUAAUGACAAAGCAAAAACAAGUUUUUAUACAUUUAUGCAAAAAACGGAAAUAUCAAAUUUACAUAAGUAUUCAGACCCUUUACUCAGUACUUUGUUGAAGCACCUUUGGCAGCGAUAACAGCCUCGAGUCUUCUUGGGUAUGACGCUACAAGCUUGGCACACCUGUAUUUGGGGAGAUUUUCCCAUUCUUCUCUGCAGAUCCUCUCAAGCUCUGUCAGUUUGGAUGGGAAGCGUUGCUGCACAGCUAUUUUCAGGUCUCUCCAGAGAUCUUCAAUCGGUAUGAAUUCCGGGCUCAAGUCCGGGCUCUGGCUGGGCCACUCAAGGACAUUCAGAGACUUGUACCGAAGCCACUCCUGCGUUGUAUUGGCUGUGUGCUUAGGGUCGUUGUCCUGUUGGAAGGUGAACCUUCGCCCCAGUCUGAAGUCCUGAGCACUCUGGAGCAGCUUUUAUUUUUAUUAUUUAUUUUUUAUUUUUGGUCAUUUAGCAGACGCUCUUAUCCAGAGCGACUUACAGGAGCAAUUAGGGUUAAGUGCCUUGCUCAAGGGCACAUCGACAGAUUUUUCACCUAGUCGGCUCGGGGAUUAGAACCAGCGACCUUUCGGUUACUGGCACAACGCUCUUACCCACUAAGCUACCUGCCGCCCCACAGUGGUCCAAUAAAAUAAAAUAAAAAAGCUUUUCAUCAAGGAUCUCUCUGUACUUUGCUCCAUUCAUCUUUGCCUCGAUCCUGAAUUCUUGCUCACCUCCCUGACCAAGGCCCUUUCCCCCCGAUUGCUCAGUUUGGCCGGGCGACCAGCUCUAGGAAGAGUCUUGGUGGUUCCAAACUUCUUUGAUUUGAGAAUGACAGAGGCCACUGUGUUCUUGGGGACCUUCAAUGCUGCAGAAAUUUUUUGGUACCAUUCCCCAGAUCUGUGCCUCGACACAAUCCUGUCUCUGAGCUCUACGGACAAUUCCUUCGACCUCAUGGCUUGGUUUUUGCUCUGAUAACUGUGGGACCUUAUAUAGACAGGUGUGUGCCUUUCCAAACCGUGUAGCUCAGUUGGUAGAGCAUGGCGCUUGCAACGCCAGGGUUGUGGGUUCGAUUCCCACGGGGGGCCAGUAUGAAAAUGUAUGCACUCACUAACUGUAAGACGCUAUGGAUAAGAGCGUCUGCUAAAUGACUAAAAUGUAAAAAAAAAAAAAAAAAAAAAAAAGUGCAAUCAAUUGAAUUUACCACAGGUGGACUCCAAUCAAGUUGUAGAAACAUCUCAAGGAUGAUCAAUGGAAACAUGAUGCACCUGAGCUCAAUUUUGAGUCUCAUAGCAAAGGGUCUGAAUACUUAUUUAAAUAAGGUAUUUCUGUUUUUAUUUGUAAUACAUUUGCUAAAAAUUCUAAACCUGUUUUCGCUUUGUCAUUAUGGGGUAUUGUGUGCAGAUUGCUGAUUUUUUUUUUUUUUUUAUGCAUUUUAGAAUAAGGCUGUAGCGUAACAAAAUGUGGAAAAAGUCAAGGGAUCUGAAUACUUUCCGAAGGCACUGAUGAUGAAUAUAGAAUGCUGGGACCCAGAGGUAUUGUACAGUCAUGUAUCCAGAGAUAGCACCACUGUCAGGUGGUAGUAUACAGUGAAUAGAGCUCCAGAGAUAGCACCACUGUCAGGUGGUAGUAUACAGUGAAUAGAGCUCCAGAGAUAGCACCACUGUCAGGUGGUAGUAUACAGUGAAUAGAGCUCCAGAGAUAGCACCACUGUCAGGUGGUAGUAUACAGUGAAUAGAGCUCUAGAGAUAGCACCACUGUCAGGUGGUAGUAUACAGUGAAUAGAGCUCCAGAGAUAGCACCACUGUCAGGUGGUAGUAUACAGUGAAUAGAGCUCCAGAGAUAGCACCACUGUCAGGUGGUAGUAUACAGUGAAUAGAGCUCUAGAGAUAGCACCACUGUCAGGUGGUAGUAUACAGUGAAUAGAGCUCCAGAGAUAGCACCACUGUCAGGUGGUAGUAUACAGUGAAUAGAGCUCCAGAGAUAGCACCACUGUCAGGUGGUAGUAUACAGUGAAUAGAGCUCCAGAGAUAGCACCACUGUCAGGUGGUAGUAUACAGUGAAUAGAGCUCCAGAGAUAGCACCACUGUCAGGUGGUAGUAUACAGUGAAUAGAGCUCCAGAGAUGUGGUGGUUCUGGGGUUCAGUUCAUACUGAAGAUGUUUUUCUCAUUUCCUUCAGUCUAUUGAUCAUAGCCAGAUGAAUAUCUGGUACAGAAUAUCCCCCAUGCGUUUCUUAAAGCUGACAGUUUGCUUCUUCUCACCUUUUAAUGAUACUGUUUGAUUUAAGUCAUAUGUUACUGGGAAGAAGCAUAUCUUUUUUUUUAGAUCUGAGAGGUCAUUUUAGUUACAAUAGCUACAGUUGAAGUCGGAAGUUUACAUACACCUUUAGCCAAAUACAUUUAAACUCAGUUUUUCACAAUUCCUGACAUUUAAUCCUAGUAAAAAUUCCCUGUCUUAGGUCAGUCAGGAUCACCACUUUAUUUUAAGAAUGUGAAAUGUCAGAAUAAUAGUAGAGAGAUUGAUUUAUUUCAGCUUUUAUUUCUUUCAUCACGUUCCCAGUGGGUCAGAAGUUUACAUACACUCAAUUAGUAUUUGGUAGCAUUGCCUUUAAAUUGUUUAACUUGGGUCAAACAUUUCAGGUAGCCUUCCACAAGCUUCCCACAAUAAGUUGGGUGAAUUUUGGCCCAUUCCUCUUGACAGAGCUGGUGUAACUGAGUCAGGUUUGUAGGCCUCCUUGCUCGCACAUGCUUUUUCAGUUCUGCCCACAAAUGUUCUAUAGGAUUGAGGUCAGGGCUUUGUGAUGGCCACUCCAAUACCUUGACUUUGUUGUCCUUAAGCAAUUUUGCCACAACUUUGGAAGUAUGCUUGGGGUCAUUGUCCAUUUGGAAGACCCAUUUGCGACCAAGCUUUAACUUCCUGACUGAUGUCUUGAGAUGUUGCUUCAAUAUAUCCACAUAAUUUUCCUUCCUCAUUCCUGCCAUCUAUUUUGUGAAGUGCACCAGUCCCUCUUGCAGCAAAGCACCCCCACAGCAUGAUGUUGCCACCCCCGUGCUUCACGGUUGGGAUGGUGUCCUCGGCUUGCAAGUAACCCCCUUUUUCCUCCAAACAUAACGAUGGUCAUUAUGGCCAAACAGUUCUAUUUUUGUUUCAUCAGACCAGAGGACAUUUCUCCAAAAAGUACGAUCUUUGUCCCCACGUGCAGUUGCAAACCGUAGUCUGUCUUUUUAAUAGCGGUUUUGGAGCAGUGGCUUCUUCCUUGCUGAGCGGCCUUUCAGGUUAUGUUGAUAUAGGACUCGUUUUACUGUGGAUAUAGAUACUUUUGUACCUGUUUCCUCCAGCAUCUUCACAAGGUCCUUUGCUGUUGUUCUGGGAUGGAUUUUUGCACCAAAGUACGUUCAUCUCUAGGAGACAGAACGCGUCUCCUUCCUGAGCGGUAUGACGGCUGCGUGGUCCCAUGGUGUUUAUACUUGCGUACUAUUGUUUGAACAGAUGAACAUGGUACCUUCAGGCGUUUUGAAAUUGCUCUCAAGGAUGAACCAGACUUGUGGAGGUCUACAAUGUUUUUUCUGAGGUCUUCGCUGAUUUCUUUUGAUUCUUCCAUGAUGUUAAGCAAAGAGGCACUGAGUUUGAAGGUAGGCCUUGAAAUACAUCCACAGGUACACCUCCAAUUGACUCAAAUGAUAUCAAUUAGCCUAUCAGAAGCUUCUAAAGCCAUGACAUCAUUUUCUGGAAUUUUCCAAGCUGUUUAAAGGCGCAGUCAACUUAGUGUAUGUAAACUUCUGACCCACUGGACUUGUGAUACAGUGAAUUAUAAGUGAAAUAAUCUGUCUGUAAACAAUUGUUGGAAAAAUUACUUGUGUCAUGCACAAAGUAGAUGUCCUAACCGACUUGACAAAACUAUAGUUUGUUAACAAGAAAUGUGUGGAGUGGUCGAAAAACGAGUUUUAAUGACUCCAACCUAAGUGUAUGUAAACUUCCGACUUCAACUGUAGCUUGUUAUGAUGAAUGUGUUUCACAACAAAUUAUAUUUCAGAAUUCAUUUAGAUACUGUAGGUCAUUAUGAAUCUGUUCUGUCAAGAAUAGCACUCCUAAACCCUCAGAGGACACGCAUGUCAAUAGAAAGUGGUAGUAAACGUUCAAUCAAGUUGAGCCCUGCUUAGGGAAUAGGGUGCCAUUUGGGACUCAACCCUGGCUGUUGUUAUUCUCUCUGUGCUGUGCUGAGGAGAACCAAGACGUCAGACUGGUUACAGCACCUUGCCAGCAUGCCUGCCUGUCCCCGAAGACCACAGGCUGGUCUGUGAUUGUAACACAGUCGGUUUAGCUACCAGGCUGGUCUGUGAUUGUAACACAGUUGGUUUAGCUACCAGGCUGGUCUGUGCUUGUAACACAGUUGGUUUAGCUACCAGGCUGGUCUGUGAUUGUAACACAGUUGGUUUAGCUACCAGGCUGGUCUGUGAUUGUAACACAGUUGGUUUAGCUACCAGGCUGGUCUGUGAUUGUAACACAGUUGGUUUAGCUACCAGGCUGGUCUGUGAUUGUAACACAGUUGGUUUAGCUACCAGGCUGGUCUGUGAUUGUAACACAGUCGGUUUAGCUACCAGGCUGGUCUGUGAUUGUAACACAGUUGGUUUAGCUACCAGGCUGGUCUGUGAUUGUAACACAGUCGGUUUAGCUACCAGGCUGGUCUGUGCUUGUAACACAGUUGGUUUAGCUACCGGGCUGGUCUGUGCUUGUAACACAGUCGGUUUAGCUACCAGGCUGGUCUGUGAUUGUAACACAGUUGGUUUAGCUACCAGGCUGGUCUGUGAUUGUAACACAGUGGUUUAGCUACCAGGCUGGUCUGUGCUUGUACACAGUUGGUUUAGCUACCAGGGCUGGUCUGUGCUUGUAACACAGUGGUUUAGCUACCAUCUGGCUGGUCUGUGCUUGUAACACAGUUGGUUUAGCUACCAGGCUGGUCUGUGAUUGUAACACAGUCGGUUUAGCUACCAGGCUGGUCUGUGAUUGUAACACAGUGGUUUAGCUACCAGGCUGGUCUGUGUUGUUACACAGUUGGUUUAGCUACCAGGCUGGUCUGUGCUUGUAACACAGUCGGUUUAGCUACCAGGCUGGUCUGUGAUUGUAACACAGUUGGUUUAGCUACCAGGCUGGUCUGUGAUUGUAACACAGUUGGUUUAGCUACCAGGCUGGUCUGUGAUUGUAACACAGUUGGUUUAGCUACCAGGCUGGUCUGUGAUUGUAACACAGUCGGUUUAGCUACCAGGCUGGUCUGUGAUUGUAACACAGUCGGUUUAGCUACCAGGCUGGUCUGUGAUUGUAACACAGUUGGUUUAGCUACCAGGCUGGUCUGUGAUUGUAACACAGUCGGUUUAGCUACCAGGCUGGUCUGUGCUUGUAACACAGUUGGUUUAGCUACCAGGCUGGUCCUGUGAUUGUAACACAGUUGGUUUAGCUACCAGGCUGGUCUGUGAUUGGUAACACAGUUGGUUUUAGCUACCAGGCUGGUCUGUGAUUGUAACACAGUUGGUUUUAGCUACCAGGCUGGUCUGUGAUUGUAACACAGUUGGUUUAGCUACCAGGCUGGUCUGUGAUUGUAACACAGUUGGUUUAGCUACCAGGCUGGUCUGUGAUUGUAACACAGUCGGUUUAGCUACCAGGCUGGUCUGUGAUUGUAACUGGUCUGUGAUUGUAACACAGUCGGUUUAGCUACCAGGCUGGUCUGUGAUUGUAACACAGUUGGUUUAGCUACCAGGCUGGUCUGUGAUUGUAACACAGUGGUUUAGCUACCAGGCUGGUCUGUGAUUGUAACACAGUUGGUUUAGCUACCAGGCUGGUCUGUGAUUGUAACACAGUUGGUUUAGCUACCAGGCUGGUCUGUGAUUGUAACACAGUCGUGUUUAGCUACCAGGCUGGUCUGUGAUGAACGGUUGUAUUGUACACAGUCGGUUUAGCUACCAGGCUGGUCUGUGAUUGUAACACAGUUGGUUUAGCUACCAGGCUGGUCUGUGAUUGUAACACAGUCGGUUUAGCUACCAGGCUGGUCUGUGAUUGUAACACAGUUGGUUUAGCUACCAGGCUGGUCUGUGAUUGUAACACAGUUGGUUUAGCUACCAGGCUGGUCUGUGCUUGUAACACAGUCGGUUUAGCUACAGGCUGGUCUGUGAUUUAAACAGCAGAUCGGUUAUAGCUCCAUGUGGUCUGUGAUGUAACACAUAUCGGUUUACUUGACAGGGAGUGCUGAUGCAUUGUAACUAACCAAGUAAGCCACCUAAAGCCUACGAAGAAGAGAUCAUCCUCAAACGUGAGGGAUUGCUGAUGCUAAUCUACUUUACUUAAUGGGUUUUCUUUGACAGGGCCAUUGCAAAUUAAUCAACAUUUGUACAUGUAUAUGCCAGAUUUAGUCGCUACAUUCCGUCACCUGACACUGCUCCUUUCUCCCAUCCCCAGGAGCUCAGACUAAUUCAUUAGAGAGUCAUAGUAAUAGGCAGUAAUUCAUUAAUUUCUCAGGCCACAACCAAAUUAAUCAGCUUCACCAUCAGUUAAUGUUAGGAGAGUGGGAGAGUGCUGGCAGACAGUGCUGCCCAGUGAGUGAAUGAAUAAUGUGGCUGAUUGUUGGUAGCUGUAGUCUGUCGACUACAAUAGUUCCCCAGUUGGGCACAGACUGGUUGAAUCAACGUUGCUUCCACAUAAUUUCAAUUUCAAUGUGAUGACAUUGAAUAAAUGUGGAAAACUGAUUUGAUUAAACAAAACGUCAUCAACGUAAAGGAAGUUUGAAUUUUUUUCAUGCAACUCUUAACCCAAAUCCAAUGACAUGGUGAACAUUUUUGGGGAUUUCACAUUGAAUUCAUGUUAUUUGACAACUCAAUCAAAUGCCUGUUCCCAGUGGGACCCUACCAAGUCUGGUGUGCUAUAGAAUACCUCCUUAACCAGUCGGUCCCUACCAAGUCUGUUGUACUGUAGAAUACCUCCUUAACCAGUCGGUCCCAAUCUUUCACCUUUAUGUUGUUAAAUGUCAUAAUGAUGUAUGAUAACUGAACCUAAUAAUUCUCCCUCCCAGGCAGAUCACCAUAGAGGAAGGAGAACAGCGGGCCAAGGAGCUCAGUGUCAUGUUUAUUGAGACCAGCGCCAAGACAGGCUACAACGUCAAACAGGUGUGUGAUGUAACGUCCCCUCUAUAUUCCUCAAACUCAACUCUGGAUCUCGAAGCCAGUUCCACUGGGUUUUUUUUUCAUUAUUUCUCUCGAAUCAGGGACUGAUUCAGACCUGCGACACCAGGUGGUGCAAUGAAUGAUCAGGUCGAACAGACAAGCAGCAGCAGUCCAGACUUCCAGGGGAAGAUUUGAAUACCCCUGACCUAUUAUGUGAUUCCACUGGCUGAGGGGGGUUUGAACCCUCACUGGGUCAGGGGGUUUGAACCCUCACUGGGUCAGUGGGUUUGAACCCUCACUGAGUGUUGGCAACACUAUAGUUCUAGGUUGGAUUCAUGCAUGAACCAAAUAUACAGUAUACUGAUUAUAUAGUAUCUGUCACUGUCAGUGUUGACAGGAAACAGUCCAGUUACGCAUGAAUUAGUAAUUUCUCACAUUUUGCUCUGACUCAUUAGUCCCUUAUUUAUAAUGAAAACACUGUGACUAGUGUAAAGUAUUGGUAAGAGAAUGGAGAAUAGGGCUUGGUUGGACUCAGAAGGCUUUUAUCACAGGAGGUGAGCUAAAGAGAGAACUGUUGGAUGGCUGUCUGAUGAGUGGGAGGGUCGCAGUUAGACUCACCAGCAUCCCUUGGCUUGAUACAGAGAGUACGCCUACAGAUAUAAUAUAAUACUAGUUAAUGAUCUGUUCCCAGCUGUCUUCACAGAACAGUAGAGAGAACAGCAGAGAGACCAGUAGACAGAGUAAAGGACUGA